AUGGGCCAUCUCCUCAUCUACAUCCUGGUCGCCAUCUUCGUCACCAUAUCCAACAACAGUGGCAACGCACCCCCCCAGCUCCCACUUCACUUCGUGGCCCCCGGCAUCUCCAAGAACUCGGGUUCCCUGGCGUCUCACCCCAUCGAGCCCUUCUGGAACCUGCGCCUGCAGGACGGGGCGCUCUGGAACCGCCUUCAGCACCAGCUGGACCGGCAGCACAACCCCAUCCUCAGAGUGGGCAACAGAACCCGGGGAAGAGGGUCGAACGGGGUGACCGGGAAGGAUGCAGAGACAACGUCCCCACACACGUCCUCUCCCGUGCCUUGUACACUGCGACCCCAGUGGGCGUCCUUGCUGCCAGACUUCAUCGGCAUGCCCCAGCAGAUGAGGGACUUUGUGCUGUCCAUGGGCUGCACCAGCUACCCCCUGCUGGUUGACCAGCCAGACCUGUGUGGGCCCCGCAGGACCCUGGGGGGCCCCGUGAGUGGAACUGAGGGGGGAACAGAGGCACCUAUGCUGCUAAUGGCCAUCAAGUCCCAGGUGGGCAACUUUGAGAGCCGCCAGGCGAUUCGGGAGACGUGGGGCAGAGUGGCUGGAGGAGGCCUGGUGCGGACUGUGUUCCUGCUGGGCCGGCAGGACUCGUCGACGGGACCCCACCCCAACCUGGACGCGCUGCUGGAUCUGGAGAGCCAACACCACGGUGACAUCCUGCAGUGGGACUUCCGCGACACGUUCUUCAACCUGACGCUGAAGGACGUGCUCUUCUGGGAGUGGUUCGGCCAGCGCUGCCCGGGCGCCUGCUUCAUCUUCAAGGGCGACGACGACGUGUUCGUGCGCACUGGGUCCCUGCUGGAGUACCUGCACAGCCAGCCACCCUGCACACAGUCCACCGCACAGAGCAACAACAACAACAACAACCACAGCGUCAACAAGGCCGUCUGGGACUUCCUGGUUGGUGAUGUCAUCAGCCAUGCUUGGCCCAACCGGCAGCCCGACACCAAAUACUUCAUCCCCGAGAGCUUCUACACGGGUGCGUACCCAGCGUACGCGGGUGGCGGAGGGGUCGUGUACUCGGGUUGGCUCGCCCUGCGGUUGCGGGAGUUGUCACGGCGGGUGCACCUGUUCCCCAUCGACGACGUGUACCUGGGCAUGUGCCUGCGGCGCCUCGGCCUGUCCCCCACGCACCACCCGGGCUUCCUGACCUUUGACCUCCCCGAGGGGGAGCGGGAGAAGCCCUGCGCGUACCGCAACGUGAUCCUGGUGCACAAGCGCAGCCCCCGGCAGAUGCUGACACUCUGGAAGCAGCUCAGGGACGCUUUGCCAUCCUGCUGA